AUGGAUUCUAAAGCUAUUGCGGAAAGAAUAAAGAAGCUCCAAGCUCAGCAGGAGCAUGUAAGAAUCGGUGGAAAGGGUACUCCGAGAAGAAAGAAGAAGGUGAUUCACAAAACUGCUGCUGCUGAUGACAAGAAGCUUCAAAGCAACCUGAAGAAACUCUCGGUUACCAACAUCCCUGGAAUUGAAGAGGUUAACAUGAUCAAGGAUGAUGGUACUGUUAUUCACUUCAACAAUCCAAAGGUACAAACAUCGGUUCCGGCAAAUACUUUUUCUGUAACCGGAAGCGCAGAUAACAAACAAAUCACUGAAAUGCUCCCUGGAAUUCUCAAUCAACUGGGCCCAGAGUCGCUCACUCAUCUUAAAAAACUUGCCAACAACGUUACUAAGCUUGGUCCUGACGGAAAGGCUGAAGACGAGGAUGUCCCUGAGCUCGUUGGUGAUUUUGACGCCGCCUCCAAAAACGAGACCAAAGCCGAAGAAAAAGCUUAA